AUGGGAAUUCCUUUACAUCCUAUUCUUCGAGCAUCCAUCUGGGUGGCUGCCGCGCCAUUGGCGUUCUAUGUUGCUCUCCUAGGGCUAGGAGUGGUUCCUUUCUUCCAGAGACAUUUCCUGUAUGCUCAUACCAUCAAUUCACUAUGGUGGUCAGAUAUUAAUGCCCCAGAGGGUUGGGGGUUUGCCAAAAACCAAGUGACUCCAUUUCAGCUACAGACUCCUGAUGGAGAGACAAUCUACGCUUGGCAUAUUAUGCCACUGCCUCUCUAUCUGCAGCACGAAGCCGCAGUUUCAACUCAAAAACUUGGCCUCUGUAAUAAUUUCACCCAAACCGAAUCGUUCCGCUUGCUAGCGAGCGAUCCAGAAGCGAGGCUCAUCAUAUCCUGCAACUCACAUUUACAGAAUGCUGGCCACAUCGCCCAAAAUGAGCGACCAAAUAGCUACCAUACCUUGACUGAUACCUCAUCAUACCACGUUUUAGCCGUUGACUACCGCGGUUUUGGUCAUUCCACAGGCGUUCCCAACGAAAAUGGCCUAAUUCUAGAUGCUGCCACCGUUGUCGAUUGGGCAAUCAACGUGGCAAAGAUUCCUCCAAGCAGAAUCGUCUUGCUAGGCCAUAGUCUUGGAACCGCCGUUGCCAGUGGUGUCGCCGAACGGUAUGCUCUCCAAGGUGUUGAAUUUGCAGGCAUCGUUCUGGUUGCAGCAUUCAGUGACUUGGCCAGUAUGCUGAGUGGUUAUCGCUUCGGAGGCCUUGUGCCUGCUCUCGGGCCAUUUGCGAUGUGGCCGGCUUUUCAGCGACUUCUGGAAAGGUACAUUGUAGACAAAUGGCAUUCAGCUAACAGACUUGCAAAUAUUGUACGCCACACCAGAAGCAGGCUAAGGAUUAGCUUGGUACAUGCAUACAAUGAUAUGGAUAUCCCGUGGACUGAGGAUAAUAAGCUAUUCCAUGCUGCCGCGAGCGAGACGUUAGGGAUCCUUGAUGAUGAUGAAUUCAACUCUUGGAAAGAGUCGAACACGGUUCGGACCAGUGAGAAAUCAUUCGUCACCACAUGGAAAACAGGUGAAAAUAUAAUCAUUCGUCAAGAGCUCUUCCCUUGGGGCGGGCAUAAUGAAAUUUUGAGCUUUGCGCCUGUUAGCUUGGCAAUUAUAAGGGCUUUUAACCUCGAAGGCACAGCCUACGAUUGA